GAUUACAGGGCUGCCUCUUGUUACACAACUGCUCCUGUUGCAAUCCAUGAGAAUGUUCUCUAUUUGAAGAUUUCAUCACACUCCUGUACCCCAAAGCAUUCAAAGCAAAUAUGAUUAACACAUAUUAACUCUAAAUAAGACCACAACGUUGUUGGAAAGAAACACGCACUGCUAAAAGAUUGACACAAAGCUGGACUGACUUUGGACUGAGGCUGAACACCAAGUCUUUGUGCGUGACUCAUAGAUUGAACAGGGACAGUUAAAAUCUGUUUUGGAUGUAACGGAUGAGAGCUUUUAAGAGUGGAAAUUCCUGGACUCUGGGAUCUAUUGAGAAAUCUUUUGUUCUGCUGAUUAUAUGACCUCGAAAGUUUUAGUGCUGCACAAACAAGAAGGCCGGCCUCUGAAGAAAACACCAUGAAGGUAAAACUCUAUAACAUCUUUAACAUCACACUUUCUUUUGUACUUACUCACUCACUGUUUGAUUGGAUGGAGCUGCUUUGAUUUGGUUCAGAUUAGUGAUUUAAUUUCUUUUGUUUAGGCUCUGAAUCGAUCCUAUGUUUACUUCAGGUUACAGUAGUUUUAUAGAGGUGGUUAUUAACAGCCAAGUGUUGGUAGCUGUCAGUGCUGUUUGCACCUGAGGUGAAAAGCCAGUGUGACUAUUUACACCCAGGUAUAUAUAGUGAGUAAUGAACUGCUGGUGUCAAGAGCUAACAAUAACAUUUUCAUUUUUCAUGAAGUCAAAAGUAAGUGUGCAUUUAGCACUCUGUCAAACAAGUUCUUGGAUCUCAACAAAAUCUAAAUUAUUUCUCAUGUAUUGGAAUUAAAAGUCGUUAUUUCAGGUCACCCUCUCAUGAAAUUCCACUCCCAAUGCUAAGUGCCAGCAAUAGAUCUUAGGGACUGUCUGGGACUGAGCUUCCUCAUCCAAAAUUAGACACCCACAGGCCUUCAAUGACAAUGCACGGAUGGUGUUAAACACUGCAGCCAGAAAUAGAUAUUCAUAAGCACCAAUGUUUACGUAUACAUUGAGGCCAAAACCUCAAGCUCAAGCAGCUUUUGAUAUCCAAAAUGGAUGAGGAUUAAAGCUCUAUUAAGCAACUUUUGGUCUGAUCAUGUCACAGGUGUGAAUGUUGUACUCUGUAAGAAGAAAAAAACCUCCUGCUGACUUAUAACUCUCAAAUAUAUUACUGGUUAUAAAUAUUAAAGUAGAAAUUGUAAAUAAAUGGUCUGAUUCUUCAGCAGCUGAACUCAUCACACCUACCCAGUUCCAGCAGUGACAGAACAUAACACUAGAAAGAAUUACCUCAAACUUGCUGCGGCUUGUCUUGUUUGCUUUUGAAUAUCAUGAGAGUUAUUAAUAUGAAUUUUAUUGACCAGAUUAAACUCAUUGAAGUAGCUUUGAACUGGGGAAGUUCAAAAGCUAUCACACCAGUGGCCAUUAACUAAAGCUUCAUGCUCUAGUUAGUGGCGGGUGGCCACAUUACAACUUUGACACAGCUUAUACCCUGUGUUUUAGGUGUUCGUAAUAAAAGAAAUACUAACAGGGUAAAUGAUCAAACUUGGCAAGAGAAAGUGAUAAAACCCAACAGUUAAAGGCAGCCGAAAACGCACAUCCAAUCAAACUUGCAAUUGAUUUUUAGGCCAAAGACUCAGGGUCUUGUUUAAAGUGCACAGCCUAAAGUACAUGUCUGAUAAUGUUUUGUCAGAUAAGUGGUGCACUAUCUGGCUACUAAAAUGGAUGUAAGUUCUUUCACUAAUCAGAGAAUAUAGACACAUGAUAAAUGCUUUAGGUAGAAAAUCACAGGGACACUUUUAUUUUUUAUUUGGUGUAGAGUAAUUCCUAAAUAAGAAAACACUCACAACUAAAUAUUCUUUAACCUUUAAUAAAGUAGUUUUCUAUAUAUCAUCAACAUGCAUAUACAUAUUUCUUUUGUCAAGGGCAGAAAAUGUUUAUUAUUCUUUUCCAUCAAAUCAUUCACCCAUCCAUUUGGCCAAUUCUGAAAUAGCCAGAAUUUAGCAUUACAGAAAGUCAAAGCAAGCUGAAGAAAAACAGACUCACCUCUCUGAGGAAAGUCCUGCUUUGGCAUUUUAUCUGGUCUCUAUUGUGAUGUUAUUUCCCAACAUUUGAAUAACAGUUGUCUUCACUUUUUGCACAGCUGGAUUUGGCUGAAUGUCUUCCUUCCUUGGCACUGUUGUCUAUCCUCCUGUCUCCAGUUUGGUAAUUGCACAUACACACAAAUAUAUCAAACAAGCCAAGCUGAGCACCUUUAUCACUUGUUUACGGAGGUCCUGAUGAUAUAAAACAUGUGUCUCUGCUUCACAUUAUCUGUGAUCCUGGCGGGUACGAAUACAUCUUUUUUAAAUUGAGAUCAGAGGACGUGCUCUUGGCAUGGUUCAUAUUUUUUUUAAAUCUAAUUUUGCUCCUCUGAUAUAUUUUCCAUGAGAUGGACAUUAAUAUGGUUUAAUAAUCUAUUCCUCCCAGCUGUCUGCAGCCCAUAAACUGCAGAUGGGGACCUUAUGGGGAUUGGUCUGAGUGCGACGGCUGCUCCAGAACAAAGGUACACUCACUGGAGCUUUCUCAAACCUCUCAAAUUCCACUUUGUUAUUGAGUGGACUCUGUUUGAAGUCAUGCUCAGAGAUCAGGAACAGCAGCAAGCUUUCUUGCAGGCUCUCUUUACCCCCUCUUAAAAACAGGAUUUUUAUAUAACCAUGGUUACAUCUCAUGCAAAUAAUAAUUCUGUGAAUGCACUGUUGUUUUUAAUCUUUUUAAAACCCCUGAAUAUUAAUGUUUAAAUGCUUUUAUAGGAUUUUUAGUUGGUGUUUUUUACAUCUGUAUGAUAGAAAAGCAGUUUAUGUCUGUGCAGGUUACAGCACAGAGCUCCUUUAUUUUAUGAAGUGUCAUACUUGACCGACAGUAAACAGGGUCACACCAGCAUUCAGCCAGCAUUGGUGCAGACCAGUAGAGAGCCUGAUAACCCUCUCUGAAGUUUUGGAUGGCUCUCUCUGUAGCAGACCAUCCACAUGAGCACAAACAGAGACUGACUUGAGGGAGGGUUUGUAGGGUGUUUUGACAGGACUUGCCUGAAGGGGUGGUCAAAAAGUAAUGCUCACCGAAUCCUAAAAUUGAAUAUAAUGACCAGAAAACCCUGCCUCAUCCCUUGAGAGAACAAUGCAUUAAAAUGAGACUCCUGUUAUAUCUAGCGGUCAGAUUUAGACUGAGAAGCUCCCCUGCCAUUAGUGAAGUGACAUUGGACUUUGAGGAGAAGAAGCUCCUGUGAUAUAAAGAUGCCUCUGUCAAGUUUUUACCAUGAAAAAAUGAUCUUUUGCUCUCAACAACCACUUCUCUCUCUGUCUUCUAUCUGGUUAAUUUUACACAAGCACCUCAUGGAUGGUGGCCUCCAUGUGUAGAUGCUGCUCCUUGUGUAGAUGUAACAGCAGUGUUGUGCAGCAGUAAGGAGGUGGGUCACAAAGUUUCAGAUGGUUAAAGGAUUAUUUCGGUUCUUUUCUUCAGCUGAGGACUCGCCAUGUGGAGGUGUAUGCCCAGUUUGGGGGUGUGCCAUGCUCAGGAGAGGCCACACAAACACAGAAAUGUGUCUCACAGAAAGGAUGUCCCCUGGAAAAUGGCUGUGGAGAAAGGUUCCACUGCACAUCUGGUACGUCACAACACAGUUAACAACCAACACUUAAAUCCCUCUUCUUGCAUCUUUUACUGCGACUAUGAUUUUUUUCAACGUUCUUGAAAUGUCUCAGUCGGUACCAUCACUCACUUUUAUUAUAUCAUAGAAAUCAGGCGUUGCUCAUAAAAUGAUGCUCAAGCAUCUUUUCUGAAUCAAUGCUUCUUGCCAUGUGGACUGAACACCUGAAUCCCUGCAGGUCGGUGUAUCAGUCGGUCUCUGGUCUGUAACGGAGACCACGACUGUGAGGAUGGUCUGGAUGAGAGGAACUGUGAGGCGGACAGCAGCCAUUACUCAUGUGACAUCGACAAAACACCUCCAAACGCUGAAUUCACAGGAAGAGGGUGAGAAACUGAAUUUGCACUGGAGAAUUUAUAGCUGAAGUCUGCUAUCGGUGGGAAAAAACGAUGUUGUCCUGUGUGAGAUGGAUGAGCUGUGUUAUGUUUUACAGGUAUGACGUGCUGACAGGUAAACUGCGAGGAGGUGUGAUAAACACUCUGAGCUUUGGAGGGCAGUGCAGGAAGGUGUUCAGUGGAGAUCAUAAAGUCUAUUACAGACUGCCUCAAAACAUCCUCAGGUACAGCUUUGAGGUGAGUCGGACAAGAAAGUGUUUGAUGGUUAUGUUCACUGUGAGCAGUACAAGGUCUGACCUCAACAUUUGCUUUCUUUAUGUGGUCUACAGGUGACAGUAGAAAAUGACGAGAGUGAUGAAUCCUACAACAGCUCCUGGUCCUAUGUGCAGCACAUCCAGACCAACGCUCUCUUCGGACACGACCGACGCACUUUCCACAAAGAGGUCACCGACAAUAAGGUGACAAUAAAAAUCACAGCUCGAUUACCUUUUGACGUUCAGACUCUUUUCAGCAGUCUUUAAGGAGUAACAUCCUGGUCUUUUCAUUUCCAUCCUCCAGUCUUACAAGCUUUUAAUCCUGAAGAACAAAGUGGAGCUGGCCCAGUUUCAGAACUCUGCCCCCCAGUACCUGACUCUUACUGAGGGCUUCUGGAAGGCUUUAUCCUCCCUGCCAUAUACCUACGACUACUCUGCAUACCGUCAGCUGCUGCAGAUGUACGGCACUCACUACCUCUCUGAGGGCUCACUGGGAGGCGAUUACCAAGCUAUGCUGGAGUUGACGCGCCAGGCACUCGAUUCAACCAGUAAGAUACACUGAUGGAAAUUAUGUUAGUCCUACGAGUUUCAACACUCACAUUCUCUGGUGGAUUAGUUACAAUAUGUUGUGGUUGAAUUCCUCGUAAGCAUUGAGUGAUAGUGAGAACUGCAUACAAACUUUUAGUUUUUAGAAUAAAUCUGCAGUCAAUAAGUUAAAGAGUGAAAAACUAAAAAGUACUACAUAUAAAGGGCAUCUUUAUCAAAAUUAAUGAGCAACAAGUUGCUUUUUUAUAUUAAAUAAUGCAAAUAUGUGAUCAUGUUAGCUACAGACAGAGUUGAAUACUAAUACCAAUUUUUAAACCCUUAUAUUUACCACAUUUAAUCUUAGAAAUUCAAGUUACUCUGUGUUAAGAAAUAUGAUGUACUUAAACUACUUGAUGCUUUGGACUGUUUUUUAUGUAUGUAUGUAUUUAUUUAUUGAUCUCAUGAUCUUUAGGUUCAACAAAUAUAGAUUACCAGAGAUGUUGGAGAAAAGUGAAACGUCGUUUUUUUAGAAAGAAAGUCACAACUCAUUGUGAAAAAGUGGCAAAGGCUUUUUCAACCAGAGAUGGUGGGUAACAACUUUUCAUUCUGAUUAAAAUCAUAUCACAUUACAACACUUCAUUAAUGCGUUGUAAUUCAAAUGUGUAUUUAUUUUCAGUCGGCUGAGCUCAUUUGCUUCUUUUCUUCAGGACACACAGUAAACAAAAUGCCCAUUAAGGUGAACGUGUAUGGAGGGGAUCCAUCUUUCAUACCAGCUCUGAGUGUUCUGGACCUGGACAACCCUGAAGCCAAUGGGGAGAUCUAUGACAACUGGGCCUCAUCUGUCAAAGACUUCCCUGAAGUCGUGGACCAGAAGGUAUGACAGAGAGCUGGUUAAAGCUGCAGUGGGAUAGUAUUUGAAAGUUAUUAUCGGUAUGUUUACAUGCACAGUGAUGUUGAGCUUCAGUAGAAGGUCAUUUAGCCAGAUUACUGUCCCUUUCCCAGUUUACAAGCACCAGACAAAAACUGGUGACAUGUCUCCUUUCAGACUUUAACAUCUCAUUGGUCUCAUCGUCUUGUCAAAAAUCACCGUCCUGCCAAAGCCAUUUAAAAACUCACUUUAUGUUCUGUCCUUCUCUAAUAUUCCAUAAUGCUCAUGUUUUAGUCAUAGGAUAGUAUGUUCGGAGUAUUCACACAAUCUUGAACUUGUUUUCCAGCUGCGUCCUCUGUAUGAGCUGGUGAAGGAGGUGCAGUGUUCAGGUUUAAAGAAGCUCCUUUUAAAAAGAGCCACAGAGGAGUACCUGGCUGAGGAGCACCCCUGUCACUGCCGGCCCUGUCAGAACAAUGGGCAGCCGCUGCUGACCGGCUCUGUAUGUCGCUGUGUGUGCAGGCCGGGGACGUCAGGACAGGCUUGUGAGAGGGGAGCUGUGAUUGGAGAACAACCAGGUGAGCAAACCAGGAACAAUACAUCACUGAAGAAAAUCAUGUAGGUCUAAAGAGAUCAAACCUAACUCAAGCUCAACUUUGCUUUCAUGGUUUCUAAAUGUCAGAGACAAACACUUAACUUGAAGGUCUAACAAAGAAAUUUGAGUGCCUCAUAAGCUCUUAAAUUAAACAUGACGAUAUGUCCAGUCAGCUUGAAAAAACAAGAUCUGAAAAAAACAAAAUGAAUCUCACUUUCCUCCCUCAGGGGUGAUCCAUGGCAGCUGGAGCUGCUGGUCUUCUUGGAGACCCUGCUCUGGGGGUCAAAGGUCAAGGACCAGAAGCUGCAACAACCCCGCCCCCAGCAGGGGAGGCCAUCAUUGUGUAGAACUACAGGCGGAGCAGAAGCCCUGCGAGGAUGAAGACAUCUUGUACUUACAGUAAGGAUAAGAAGGACAUAGAUCUGCUACAUCUCAAACUUUGACCAUCACCAAACCAAGGCUCGUUACUCAAGUAUCAUUGAUAUACAGCAGCAACCAGAAUUAGAGUUUUUUGCACCAAAAUUUUAAUCAAAGCCACUUAACAUUCUGUUCAUGUUAGUUAUGAUUAGUGUUGAAAGGAUCACUGAGUAAUAAGGUCUUAUUUGAUAUCGCUUAUGAAUUAUACCUUUAUAAUAACAUUAACCCAUAACAUUAGUAUGACAUAUCAGACACUGUCAAUAAGCAGUGGGUGUUUGUAAUAUUUACGUUUUGUCUUUAUCUCAACUGUUUGUUCGCAGGAUGAUGGAGCCGCAGUGCUUCAGUCUGUCCGUGCCUCCACCAAAGACGUGUCAAUCACCCCCAAACCUCAGGAAUGGAUUUAUCCAGGUAACUGCAUUAAAACAGUAAAGACAACGAGCCUCUUAAGUUCAAAAAGAGUGACUGAACAUUUUAAAAUUAAAGUAGACUACCAUAUGAACUCUGAAGAAAUAUAAUUUUAUUGUUCUAGACUUCCUGUUUUUGGGUUUAGUUGUUUUAUUUUUUUAUUUAUUUAUUUUUUUCUUAGGAUCCCAGAGAUUUGUAUGUGGUUGGAAACACAGUGGAGUACUCCUGCAUUGACGGUUAUUACCUCAGUGGAGAUGCUGUGGCCGAGUGCACUGAAAACCAGAUGUGGACGCCGGGAGUGAGGGUUUGCAUAAGUAUGUCUAAAGCUGUGUUUCCACCAAGUGGUCCAGUUCAGUGUGGUUACGUAUAGUGCACUAUUAUUUGCUUAUCUACUGUCAAAAGUUGGGAAAAGCAUCAAAGUUACUGAUCCAUUUUGAACCACUUUUUUUGGCAAUCUUCUGUUGGGGUACCAAGUUUACUCAUUCAGCCUUAGGGUGGAGCUCGACACACUGCAGUCUGUUGCUACAAAGAGAGAAUAGUCACUAUCUCUGCAUUGGCUUUACAAAUGGAAAAACUCAAACGAGCUGUAUUUGUUCUUGCAGGCUGCAGCAUUGCCUUAAAAAAUGAAAAAUGAACAAUCUCAUCUCUUAUUUAUCUAUAUUUGGUUCAACCCUUUUCUAGCAAAUCUCAUACAAGACCUGCAGGAUUUUGAAAAAUAAAAAGGAUGAGCAUCAACACUGGUCAAUAUUGUGAUUUCAAGAAGUAAUGUGGUUAAAAAAAACUAAUACUAUAGGGUGCAUAUUAAAUAUAAUUGCCUAUCUGCUGCUCUUUAUGUUUUAAACUCAAACUGUGUUUAAAACAUCUUUUUCCUGAACCCAAAAAGGCAUUUUUUUCAUCAAUAAUUGCCCCAAGGUUUGCUAAAAGCUGGCUUGUGCUUCAUUUGACUGCAUCAAAGUGGUGUGAAAGCAUGGCCAAUAAUAUCCAGGCCUCCAUCUAACAAAUAAAAUGCACAUACUGAGUGAGCAAAGACUGGAUGAACGUAUUAGGUCAUUUCCUAAUGUAAAAUUGCAAUAAAUUAACAUUUUUAAAAUGUGUUUGUGUAGCACAUGCUGAAUCACAUUGGGACAUAUAUUUUAAAUUGGGAUAUAUUAUGAUUUUUAAGCGGGGGUCUUUCUUUAAUUUGUGUCAGUGUGGGUUCUCUGAAAAUCAUGAAAAUCCCUGAAAUACAUGCAGGUACUUAUUGAACUAAUUACCAUUUCUUUUGCUAUUUUUCAGUGAACAGAGUUUUAUGCAGGCUGGUGAACCACUCUGUUGCCAUAGUUUUGCCAUAUGGAGCUUUCUGACUCCUCAUUUCCUCCUCUCUUUGCUCCAGGCUCCACAUGCGCUGUCCCCCCAAUCAAUAGUGAAGUUAUAGCCACGCCCACUAAAGCAGCCUAUCAGAUUGGCGACAGAGUGACCCUGUCCUGUCCUGCAGGGUCACUGCUGAACGGUGAGGUGUCAGAGAUCAUGUGCAGUUCUAGUCUGCAGUGGUCUCCCUCUCCAACUGAUGCUCAAUGUCAAACAGGUAUGACCAUUUCAUGUACAUACUUAUAUAAUCUAUGAAUAUUAUAUACCUAUCAGAGCUCAUAUAUUUCACCUCAUCAGUUUCUAUGUAAUGCAGAGCGUACAAAAAUAAACCUGCCUCUGUAUCAUCUCAGUGUCCGCAGCCCCCACUCCUCCUUCUGGCCUAAAAUGUAAACUGUGGGAGACUGUAGGAAAAACUGACUGUGUGUGUAAAAUGCCAUUUCAGUGCCAGUGAGUAUGCUUGUUGUUUAUUUUUGUUAUUGAAAGUGGGUUUUUGAUUGCAACUGCUAAAUAAAGUUUUUUUUAAUGAAUCGUCUCAUCUUGUAGGACUUCUCUGCAGCUGUGUGCCAGACUGGGCUCAAGUCAACCCCGUUUACUCAGUAUUUGUCAGCUGGGAGCUCUGCGGUGUAUGGGCCGGGGCUUCACAUUGACCACUGACAGUGACUGUCGCUGGCCAGAGGAAACGUCCUGCACAGACUGCAAACCAGGAACAACUUGUGAGGGUGAGUGUGAUAAAGGAUAACUCUGUAGAUCAGUGGUUCUCAACUGGUGGUUCCCAACCCAAAAAGUGGGUUGCGGACACGUUCUGGAUGGGUCACGAUCCAGUCAGCUUUUAACAGCUGGUCAAAAAAGCGCAUCUGAUGUUUGACAUGUCUUUUGUUUUGAAAAAGAGCUCAUUUUGAAAGGCACACGCUAUGUCAUGGUCCUUCUCAGUUUCUUAUUAAUGUGGCCUGAAUGCAGUAAAAACAAGUUGUUGUUUUUUUGUUUUGUUUAUUUUUGGUCUUUAUUUUGUGCAAUUUAAUACUUUCUGUUGAUAUGCAACUUUAGUAGUAGUCGUCCUCAGUUCAUGUGCUCUGAAACGUACUUUACCCAAUAAAAGGGGUGUAUUUAUGUUAAAGAUUUGAGUCUUUAAAGGGUUUUUUUUUUCAUAAAAAAUUAAUUUUAUUGGAUUGAAUUUAAUAAAAGUGGGUCACGACUUAAGGACCAUGGGAAAAUGUGGGUCCCAGAGUGAGACCAGUUGAGAACCACUGCUGUAGAUCACACCUUGAAUCUAUGACCCCAAAAGAAACCUUUCAUUCUUACUCAUUAUUGACUGUAUUAGAUAACCUCAUUGUUCUGAUUUUACAGAAUCAUCCGGAAGAUGUGUGUGUCAGAGCGAGUCUGAAUGCCCCAAAGACUCUGCUCCCCUGUGUGUCAACUCUGGUGUUGGGAGUGUUGCCACGACGAUGACUGAAUGUGAGGCGGGAGCGAGAAGAUGUGCUGGGGAGCAGAUCAGUGUGAUCAGUAUUGAAGCUUGUCCAGAAUAAAGGAGGUUGGUGUUUGUUUGUGUACAUAAAAACUUCUUUUCUGUUUUUCUCAGCGACUAGAAUGUAAAUAGUAACCAAGUCUUGAAUAGUUUAUAUGUGCGAUGUUCAUUUUUAAUGAAGGGUUGAUGAUUAAAAACUGUUGUGGAAAGGUUUUGUCUCAAAGGUUUGAGUAAAUAUUCAAAUGAUAAAAGAAAAAACCUCCAAAGACACCGACCCCAGACUUGAUGCCAUAUUUUCAACACUUAUCUUGUUAGUCCCCAUCUCAUAAGGCAAUUCAGCAACAGGUUCAACUAUCACAUAUGUACGUCUUAACAUUUAUUGUUGUUCCAAGCCAUCAAUCCAUCAUUACAAGAACAUAAAUUCAAUCUGAACAUCUUUUUCACAGAAAUUACAGUAAAUGUCUUUAAAACCAAAGCAUAUCUUUCUUUUCUUUUUACAAAUAUGACGCCAUGUAAGAUAUCAUGAAUAAAGCAGAGGAUUAAGUGAACAGUUGUACAGUUCAGGAGGAAAAAUUGCUGCAAUCUCAUAACUGAUGUGAAGUUAAAAAAGUCAGGAAUUUUAGUGCAAAGUGUGUGGCAGAAGGUGUGAUCAUCUAGACUCACACCGGCCCUCAUUAAGGAUCUCAAACUGAUAAUUUAUACAUUUUAAAGCAGCCAUCGAACAGAGGGUCAUACUGCGAGUCCUCUGAGUGCGAGUCAGCUUCACACAGAACAUGUGCUCUUCACUUGUUGGACAGUCACGAGCCACUUUGCAUUCACACUUCUUAGAUGCUGAAGACAAACAUGGGGAUAAUAAAAAAAAUAUCAUCAAACAACACAGUCGUCUGAAUAUUUUCACGCUCAAUAUAAUGAUGAAGCCAUUGAAUCAUGAUGGCUUACAAAGUAAAAAGGGAAAAUUUGCAAAACACAUUCAAGCAUAAACACGGUCAUGUGAGAUAAACUCACCUGAGCAGGUCUCCCACUCAUAACAGGUGUCCAGAUCACAGGGCGUAUGAACAGAGCUCUUGGUAGACAUCCUGGCUCUGAACUUUGCCCAUUCCACUUUACCGGGGUUGACUGCAUCACAUGACCCGUCACUGACAAAAAAUAGAGGAUCGCCGUGGCACCGACCAGCGUGGAAGGAGCAGAGGGACAUUGGCACGGUGACAUCGAUGUCCACAUUCAGGACACAGACACUCUCUGGUUGUGAA